AUGACGGUCUCGUAUAACCUGGACGUUUCCUCUGUAUCAACAUUUUCUUUCAUUCGGUUAUUAUUUCGAUGGCGUGGUUCCAUAUGGAAAUCGGUGCUAUCAGAGCUUAUUAUGUGGGUGUGCGGAUACUACAUGGUUUUUUGCAUGUAUCGAUACGUUAUGGAUAAGGACAGUCAAGGUACCUUUGAAAGAAUCGCCGCGCAUUGUGAUAAGAAGCUCGACUAUAUCCCUCUAACAUUUAUGCUUGGUUUCUUUGUUACAGUUAUAAUCGAUCGCUGGAGAAAUAUUUUCAACAAUAUGGGUUGGAUUGAAAACGUAGCCCUAACAAUUUCAACGUUAAUGAAAGGUGACGGUAAGGAAGUGGUUCUAAUUCGUCGUACCAUAGUUAGAUAUGUGGUACUUUCUCAGAUUUUGGUGUUUCGUGAUAUUUCCAUGAAAGUGAGGCGACGAUUUCCGAAUUUGGAAUCAUUAGUUACAGCUGGAUUUCUCCACGAGGGCGAAAAGAACGACUUGGAGAAGAUCAACAUUGUGUAUAACAAAUAUUGGGCACCGAUCAACUGGGCACUUACACUCUGCUAUCGAGCUCACAAAGAUGGGCAUCUUAGCGCUCCACCUUCUCUUAACACAUGUAUCAACGAAAUAAAAACGUUUCGCACGAAUCUCGCCCUUCUAUGCAACUUUGAUUGGGUGCCAGUACCGAUUGCCUAUCCACAGGUGGUCUUCCUCGCCGUUCGUGUAUACUUUCUGAUAUGUAUGGUUUCACGCCAGUACAUACUUGGGGAUACUGCACCAAAUAAAAGUGUGAUCGACCUCUACGUUCCAUUCAUGACAAUCCUACAAUUCAUAUUUUUCAUUGGGUGGAUGAAGGUCGCUGAAGCGUUGCUGAACCCUUUGGGCGAAGAUGACGAUGACUUCGAGUGCAAUUUUCUUAUAGACAAAAACAUUGCUACUGGUCUUUCAAUUGUUGACGAAACUUACGACUACGCUCCGGAGUUGUUGCCGGAUCGAUUUAUGGAUCCGAACUAUGAGCCGGUGUACUCAGAAGAGAGCCAAAAACACGGACAUGAUAAUAUUCUUGUGGGAUCGGCUGAAGGCAUUAAAUUAGCUGACUCGAAUGAAAAUGUAAAGAUGGUCGCUGUCAACUUGAGAGCAUCUCAGAACGAUCUCCGCGAAAACAUCAGCGAACCACGUUCGCGCACGACCGCAGCAAUGAAACGAAAAUUCACUGAUGCGCUUCGUCUUCGGCUUCCAGUACGAUCUCAAUCAGUGCAGCCUGUACGUCUUGGCGUCACCAAGCCUGUAGUGGUCGACACAAAUCCCGAGAGACCGUACACAGCUUUCGAUCUCUCGAAUGGAUUUGCACCAUCCACAGCCUUUUUUGCCGACAAAAAACUAUCGAAAGUAGAAGAAGAACUUGACGGUCAACCAUCAGAUAAGAAGCUAAUACCCAGCUACAGCAUGAAAAGUACUGUAGAAAGUAUUGACGAGACCGAUGUCCCCAAACUUCUCAAGGAUGAGCUUGAAGGCAAACGUACAUAA